GCUGAAGAACGGAGGAGAAAUUGUUUUCUUGUACGGUUAAGAGAAGACAGAGAGGAGAAUGGAUAGAGAUUGGGGUGCGAAGCCCGGUGGUGGAGGCGCAGCCUCCGCUCAGAAUGAAGCGAUCGACAGGAGAGAAAGGCUCAGAAGGCUAGCGCUUGAGACCAUCGAUCUGGCAAAGGAUCCCUAUUUCAUGCGCAAUCAUCUCGGCAGCUAUGAGUGUAAGCUUUGCUUGACAUUGCACAAUAAUGAGGGAAACUACUUGGCUCACACACAAGGGAAGCGCCACCAGACCAAUUUGGCCAAGCGAGCUGCCCGUGAAGCUAAAGAAGCACCUGUGCAACCCCAGCCACACAAGCGGAAGGUCUCCCUGCGCAAGACAGUCAAGAUUGGAAGGCCUGGAUACAGGGUGACAAAGCAAUUUGAUCCAGAGACGAAACAGAGAUCUCUUCUUUUCCAGAUCGAAUACCCUGAAAUCGAAGACAAUUCAAAGCCACGGCACCGUUUUAUGUCAUCCUUUGAACAGAGGGUACAAUCCUGUGAUAAAAGGUACCAGUAUCUUCUGUUUGCAGCUGAGCCAUACGAAAUCAUUGCGUUCAAGGUUCCUAGCACAGAGAUUGACAAAUCCACGCCCAAGUUCUUUUCGCAUUGGGAUCCUGACUCAAAAAUGUUCACGUUGCAACUGUAUUUCAAGGUGAAGCCACCAGAAGCAAAUAAGCCUCCACCUCCACCUGUUCCUGGUUCCAUUGCCAAUGGCACAGCAGCUCCUGGUGUUCCUCCAAGGCCCUUGCCUCCCCCACCUCAAGCUCCACCUCCACCACCACAGGGGCUCCCUCCUGGUGCACCCAUUGCAAAUCCUCCGAGAGGUCCACCACCUGCUCCUGGAUCUGUACCACCGCCGCCUCCAUCGACAGCAAAUGGUCCUCGACCCAUGCCUCCUGGUGGUACUCCUCCAGUCCCACCCCCACCUCUGGUUGGUAGUGGUACGAUGGCAAACUUCACUCCAGGCACUAGGCCCCCCUCAAUGAUGCCUCCACAAGGUUUUCAGGGCCAGCAGAUGCAAGGCCAGGGAACUCAUCCUCCACCACCUCCACCCCAUAUGGGACAACAGCUCCCUAGGCCACCAAUGUCUUAACAUCUCAUGAAUCUUCCGUGGGAGUCUUGUUGCUUAGUUUUGUUUAUCUCCGAGAUGAAUCUGCUACAGAAUCUUAAUAGUUUCAGAUUUACAGCGGCUGAACAAUGGAAAUAUUUAUAGUUUACCAAUGAAUAUGGGAUCUAAUUAGUUAAUGAGCUUUAAUGUCUUGGAA